AUGGUCAAGAAAAUAACAAAGUCCUCCACCGGAGGAGGAGGCACAAACACCUCGCUGACCUCGCUCUCCACAUCGACGACCACGCACGGCGCGAUCCCGUCCAUCCUGCACGACGCCCUCCCCUUACCGCGCGCCGUCGUCUUCGACCUCGACUACACCCUCUGGCCGUUCUGGGUCGACACGCACGUCUCCCCGCCGCUCAAGCCCAACGCGAACCACUCGGCGGGCGUCGACCGCAACGGCGAGUCGUUUACCUUCUACUCGGACGUCCCCGCGAUCCUUCACGCGCUGCAGAUCGCGGGCGUCAAGGUCGGCGUGGCGAGCCGGACCAGCAGCCCCGAGCUGGCGCGCGAGAUGCUCAAGCUGCUGCACGUCCCCGGGUCCGCGACCAUAAAUGCCCACCUCAAGCAGAAAGACAAGACCCGCAAGGCGAUAGACUUCUUUGACGCCGGCCUCGAGAUCUACCCGAGCAGCAAGAUCCGGCACUUCGAGGCCCUGCACAAGCGCACCCAGAUCCCGCACACAGAGAUGCUGUUCUUUGACGACGAGAGCCGGAACAGGGACACCGAGAGCCUGGGAGUUACCAUGUGGCUCGUCCGCGACGGGGUCACAUGGGCCGAGGUCGUCAAAGGGAUACAGGAGUGGCGGCGGCGGAGGGGGAUUGGGGAGAGGAAAGAGUAA